AUGCCAACGUCCGAUUCCGUCGCGUCCUCCACAACAUCCCGCGUCAAGCUCCGCUCGUCGUGUGAUCGCUGCUCGGCAAACAAGAUCAAAUGCAGCCAGGAGAAACCGGCAUGUCAGCGGUGCCGCUCGCUUGAUCUGCAGUGCAUCUACAGCCGGUCGAUGAGAUCGGGCAAGCCGCCACGGUCUCGACAGCGGAUGACGACGCUUGCGGGGAGCAGACCGGCCGCCAGUAGCAGUGGCCUCUCCGCCGCUGCUGUCGAUGAUAUCAAGAUCGUCUCCCACGGCGACGCAGCCGCGUCUGUGCCCUGUCUGGAGGGGAUCAAUCUAGAGAGCAUGCUGGCGACGAAUGCGGCCACGAACCAGUACGGUCUGUUCUACGAGAACAGUCCCCUGGGGACGCCAGAGAAGUUUCUCAUCAAUGCCUCUGUGGAAUAUGCCCCGAACCGCAGCUUCUCGAAGCAAGGAGAUACAGGCAUCACUGACAUGCCCACGCCUUUGCCGCUUCUUCAAACCGUCGACAAUAGUCCGGAGCACAAGCAGCAAGCGCCGUACAUGACCCCCUGCCCGAGUUUCAGCAACACGCCGAUGGACACGGGGUUCAGCCCGCUAGGACCGCCGUUUGACAAGCCAAGCAUGAGCGACUCGUCGCACGACUGCAUUGGUCUUGCGCUGGGGACAUUGGCGAGUCUCUACCAGCUGUCGUCCAGCCCAUACAGCAACGGGACGGUGGAAGAACUGCAGGACAACUUUUCCUCCUCAGCGCCCACAAUCGACCAAGUCCUCCAAACGAACAGCGCAGCAAUCAAGAACGCCAUGACUCUCCUGGCAUGCCCGUGCGCCAAGGACUUUUGCUUCCCCAUCCUGAUGGGCGUGAUCUACUCGAAGAUCCUGACAUGGUACCAAGCGAUCGUCAACAUCGACGACGACAACAACGAUCCUGACGUGAUGAACGGCAACAACAGCAGCAGCAACGACAUCUACUCCUCCUACUCGCCAUCAAAAAAAGAGUCCGUGGCAGCAGUUUACCGCCCCUUCCUAGUCGGAUCCUACAGACUGGACGAAGAGAUCGGCCGGAUUAUGACGCAGCAGCUAGUGCUGAACGAGCUGCGCGAGAUGGCCAAGGCGGUGGGCGUCUUUCUCGAUGGGUUCUUGGAGAACACAUCUACCUCCGCAUGGGCAUUUCUCUAG